GGCAACAUAAUAGUGCUGUGAGGAUGAAGACCACUCGGAGUGCUGAGCAGUAGCACCACUGGGGUGGGGUGCUAUGUCUUAUGAUAAAACGCCUUAUGAAAUUGAGAAAUGUGAAUAAAGCAAAACACAAGAUGAGUGCUCUGGAAGAGGAGUAUGUAGUGCUGUUGUCGUUUUGUCAGUGUCCCUUUAAGUAACCUGGCUAGGUUGUCAAAAAGAGUUGAGAGGAGGGGAAUAAACUGGUAAGUCAAAAUAGUGGCACCAAAGAGUUGUGGUUUCUUUUUUUUUCCAGUUGUUUGUAGGACUGGUUCUGCAAGCUGAACAAGGUAUUCCUGCUCCAAGCAUCACCAGUAUUAUUCAUUGUUUGAGUCACUUUAUGAUUUCUGAUAUUAUAGAUAAGUGUGUUUUCCUGUAUGUACCCCUACGAAAUAUCCUAGAGAGCAGGCCAAUCAGAAAAGUCCUUAAAGAGAACCUGAGUUCAGUUAUGUAACUGAAGUGAUUUCUUUAGAGUACACUUAGGUAUUAUUUUUUUCUUUUUUUUUUUUUAGUAUAUUUGUAUCUGAGAGAAUUGGCUCCACAAUGCCAGGCGCUUAAAUAGAUAUAUAUUUUUAAAAAAACAUCUUUUGAGCAAGAUUCAAUGUAGUUAUUAGCUGUGAUGUGGGACUGUGUCUUUUUCAAGGAAGUGCUUUCUUUCCUCUUUGUACCUGCCAGCACUUGGAGAUUGCUGAAUAUAGGGAAGAAGCUGCUUCCUAUUACAGGGUAAUGGGAAAGAAUGUUUGUUUUUUUGUGGUGUACUUUUGUAUACAAAUUCAGAUUUUUGUCUUCUUUUAAUAAAGAAUACACAGAGACCAUUAUAAUGAUAACUAGGCCUGAUUCUCCCAUUUAAGAAAUUUGAAAAGAAAUUUAACAAGAUUUAGGUGGUGAUUAAUGUCAUACUCCAUAUGCUGAAUGUUGGCAAGGAGCUUUGUUUCUCUUAUCUUGUCACUUCUCUGUACCCAUGUGGACCUGAGUGAUUGCACUGACCACAGACAUCUAAGCUGUAGUGAGACAAAGGAAGAGUUAGUGGCAGUUUGAACAUGAGGACUGACACAGAACUGUGACAUUCCUCCUUUCCAUGUCAUACUGGCUCAUUAGGUCAGAAUGCUGAGAGUUGCUGAGAGUGGGUGGAUCUACAGUAAAUCACUGGUAUUUUAAGUCUGUGGCCUGUGUUUGGCUACUGUUGUUUUGUACACAUUGCAGCUCAAUAACAUCCUCAAAGUCUGUAGAAUGAUUUUUAGCUUAAAAUUCUUUCUGCAUGUGUGCACUGUAUUAGCAGUACUGACUAUCAAGUACAGUAGCUUCAGGUUGUACUGUGGUUGAAGUUGAGGUAUUUAUUUUCAUUGCUAUUUCUAGUCUUUCCUGUGAAGAAGUAGCUGCAGAGGAAAUUAAUAUAGUAGUCAUCAUUUUUUUGUUGUUGUUUCUUGUUUGUUUUGUUUUGAAAGGUUUUAUACUUUCUAUCUGACAUUGACCUUGGCAUCCAUUUUCUAGUCUUAAAGACUGUAGUUCUCAUUACUUCUAGAACAUGCUGAAAGGGCGUUUGUGUUUCCCCCAAUGACCAGGCCCUACUACCUGCAUUACUUUGGCAUACACUAGUUGAGGUGAAACAAUGCACACUGACUCUGAACUGAGUAGCUGCCUACAACAGUGCUAGGAUGAACUGAAGAAGGAAGAGCCAGCCACAGUAAGGCACACUGUGCUGUUAAUUAUUGAAACUGGAAAUUUGUUUAUGGGUGAUUGCUUUACAUAGUAUACUCUGGAACAGCUGUUUGCGACACUAAGCUGAGGAAUAUACAUUAUGUUAUGUAAACAUACUUUCUGUAUGAAGUAUAUUAAUUAAAACAAUGUGGAAACUGGAAAUAAAGGUAAUUCUAGGGGUGAAAGCAAGCAGUAUUCAACAAGAACAUUUAGAACUCUAUUGUAAUGAGAUGGUAGGCCACAAAAUGAUUCAUAUUUACACCCAAAUGACUGAUCUGUUUCUCAGUUUCUUCCCCUCACUAAUUACACCCCAGAUGAUAAUCCACAUUUUCCAAAAUUUCAGAGGUUAUUAACUCUGAACCUCAACUUUACCAUUAUGCUGAUGCUAGCUACUUCUUCAGCUGGCUGUAUAGAUAAUUUGUUUUAGUGGAGGCACCGGUCAAGGCUGUGGGAAGGUUCUGGGAAGAGGCUUAAUUGCUGUGUCAAUGAAUGAGACUUUGAAGUUCAGAAAGGAAGAUACAGGUAAACUGGUAGCCAACUGGAAGUGACAGAUAAGACUACUGGAGUUUGUCUUACUGCAACAUAGGGCAACUUGGCAGGAUAAAGUCUGCUUUCUAGCUAUUCCUUUUGUUCUGAGUUUGAAAGUGAAUUCAGGCUUAAUGUACAGUCUUUCAUGUAGGUAGAAGAGAAGCAAACAGAAUAUGUAUUUUGGACUGUAACCUGCAGUGAAGGUAGACACACACACAUGUGCACAUUAUCAGUUCUUCCAAAUAUGCACAAUCUCAUAUGUUCUGAGAUCCAUGGUUGUUCUGGGAGAAUGAAGUUGUUAUGAACCUGUUCGCUGAUGUGAAAAAGGCUAAAUGUCUUGGAGAUCAAGAAGGCCAUUUAGAAUUGGGCUUAAAGGAAGAUUUUGAUUUCACAUGUUUUAAAGUCGGUAUAUACAGUAAGUGAGCAAGUGAUGUUUGCUGGGGAAACGGAUUUCGGUUUGUGAGGUGUGUAUUAUAGCCCUGAAAUACAAGGAUUUUCUAUCACAGUUUCUAUCCUAGUUUGCACUGUUCUAUUCUAACUACUUUGUAGUUGUACAGUAGAGUUUGUGUGGAAUUUUGUUUUUCUGAGAAUGCAGUUACUCAGUAAUGUGUUCAGCCUUGUUGAUCCAAUCAGUAUCUCCUGUUUCUCAUGACAAGAAAACUUUUGGACAGUGUUGAUGCUGUGUUGAUUUGUAGUAGAAUAAGCCACUGAUGUGUGGCAGAAGUCUGCUGUCAAUGCAGUGAAUCAAAACACACGUGCAUGCAGACAUGAUUAGAAACUUCCAGGCUGACAGUGAGGCAUCUUUGAAACCCCAUUAUUACAUCUUCCUUGUGACUGCUUUUUUAAUGCUAGCUUAGGCUAGGAAUUAUUCUGUGAGCCAGGUUAGUAGGUGUAGGCACAUGUGUUUACUUUAAUACUUUCUGAACUGCUUUUGGCAGGCUGUUAAAUGAUUUAAUGUUUGGUUACUUGAGCACACAGAGGAUGCUGUUUUAUUGAUGCAGUUGACCUGACUGUGUAUAUAAUAUGCACAUGGAAUGUUUUGUGACUGUAUACUUCAAAACUUUUUAUAUAUGUCAGCGUUGCAUAAUUGCUAUUUCUUUGGAAAAUGUACAGAAAUACUGCAAGCACUGAAUGAGCUACCCUUAUAUUGGAGGAAGUAUGGCAAAGGGAAAGAGGAAAGAGCUAGUGAGUAAAUAGAGAAAUGAAAGUAGAAAACUGCUGUGGCAGAAACAGAAUCUGAUCUGAGUAGCUUUCACACUACGAAAAACAUUUCAGACCAGAAGCAUUAAGCAUUACCAUGUCCUUGUAUGCAAGAAAGCUGAAUAAAACCUGAGUUAAAAAAAAAAAAAAAAGUUUGAAUGGAAUAAAAAUGUUGGAAAUCCUAUUUCAGGUCUUUGUGUACGUAGUUGGGUUUUUUAUACUGCUAGAUGAAAGCCAGGUAUUAAAUGGUAGAAAGGAAAGAAGUCAGAAUAUGUGAAGCGUAUCAAAUACAUACAAGAGUGAAUAUUAAUAGGAAAAGCAAACAACAGAGAAAUUACAGAGAAAUUUAUUUUACUAUUAAUUUCCAUGUUAUGGCUGAGAUAGCAGGGAAGUUUCUCUUCCUGUUUGUGAGAGGAACUAUCGUGUUUAUCAGUGAAUCAAAAAAAAAAAUCAGAUCAGAAGUAUCUUAUCCAAAUAUUUAUUUUUGCACAAUUUUAUUUGCUUCAUCAAGUCUGCUUUGCUUUUGAAAAGCACCUUGUUUUAGUAAUAGUAAGAUUUAAAAAUCAGGUACUAUUUCUGAGCAAGAUAAACUUAGUAGACAAGCACAAAUCAAGGUUAUUUGGGUAAAUCUGCCAGCUUAAUUUGCUUUACAUCAGUCCGUCUUUCUGCUUUGAUUUUCUAAAUCAGCUGGCUGGUAGAAGGAUGCUGGAGUUGGUUACUCAUUCAGAUAUGCUGAGCCAAUGACUAGCUAUCCCACGUCAUACCUGCGGUGCCAAAAUUGAGUAAAAAAUAAAGGACGUUGCUGAAGAUGAGGAAGAAAAUAAAUGCUAAACUUCAUGAUGGAGUCUGUCAGCAUUGUAAAGGUAUCUUGGAGUGGCGGGUAAAAUUCAGCAAGUAUAAACUACUAUCAAAACCUAAAAAAUGUGUGAAGUGCCUUCAGAAAGCUGUGAAAGAUCCUUACCAUAUUAUUUGUCGACCAUGUGCUAGUAAACUAGAAGUUUGUGCCAAAUGUGGGAAGGAAGAAGAAAUUGUAAUUCCGAUUGAUAAAGGACAAGGUGGAACUGAGAACAAGACUACUGAAAACGGCCAGGAGAGUGGACUGGAGGAUGAACUGGAUUUUGACACGAACUUCAGUAGUACGGACAACGAAGAAGAUUCUGAUAGGCUUGAAGAAAGAUUUAAAAGUAUGACUUUUGAAAGGACAGAGGUCCAAUAAGUUGAGUUUCUAGAAGAGACUGUACACAAUUGCGAUAGACUGAUGCUUCCCUAUGACUUCUGCUCUGAAAACCUGUUUUGACAUAUAAAGUCUUCAUGUAUUGGCACAGUGUGUUUUGAUGCGUGUUGUGGAGGAAGAGCAGAAUUUCUUGUAAAAAGACUCAGAGUUUGAAUCUUUAAACACAGUUAUUUCAUAUAUAGAUGUUCCUCUCUGUGUUAUUCUUAGGAAUCCAGUAUUACACAACUGUUGUAUUGCCAUUUGAAAAACUGCAUGGAUGUCUGUAGUACAAAAAAAAAAGUACUGUCAUUAAAAAUAAAAAAUAUAUAUGGAAAAGUUAAA